CGGUCCCGCCGCGGUCCCGCCGCCCUCUGCCCGCGCCGGGGACGGGGGCGGCUAUGUACUGCCUGCGACCUGCGCUCCUGGCCCGCCGGGCUGCCACCCGGCCCUGGGCCCCGCUCUGGCGGCGCGGGGCGGCAGCCGGUGCGGAGGAGGAGCGCUUCGUCUUCCUAGAGUAUGAGCCGGAGCCGAGUAACACAGCGACGGCAGCGGCGAUCCGCCGGGAAUGGGAGCCGGAGCCGAAGCCGGGCAGGGAACAGCGGAAGCGGGGCUCUGUGUCGGCGGCGAGGCGGCCCGACCCCUCGAUACCGCCGAGUGGCGUGAGUUGCUCGGGUUGCGGAGCCGAGCUGCAGUGCUGCGACAGUGAGGCGCCGGGCUUCGUGCCGGCGGAGAAGUACCGAGCUUUGUCGGGCGGCCCGACCGGUGUGAUGGGGCUGCAGAACGCCAUCUGCCAGCGGUGCUGGCUGUUGUGCCACCACGGCCAGGCCCUGGGGCUGCGGCUGCCGCCCGAGCAGCACCGGAUGGUGGUGACCGCUGCGCUCCGCCGCCCCCUUCGCCACGGUCGUGGUCCGCUCCUCCUCUACAUCCUCGACCUGCUGGAGCUGCCUGACCCAGUGCUGCCUCAGCUGCAGGGGCUUAUGAGUCCGGAUGUCCCCGCUGCCGGACUGUUGGUGGUGGGCAACAAGGUGGACCUGCUGCCCGCCGACGGCCCCGGGUACCUGGGGCGGCUGCGGGAGCGGCUGGCGGCGGCCUGUGCGCAGGCCGGCUUGCGCGGCUUCCCGCUGGUGGACGUGCGGCUGGUGAGCGCCAAGACGGGCUUUGGCCUGGAGGGGCUGAUCAGCCGGCUGCAGCGGUCCUGGAAGUGUGCCGGCGAUGUCUACCUGCUGGGGGCCACCAAUUCCGGCAAGUCCACGCUCUUCAACAGCCUGCUGCACUCCGACUACUGCAAGUCCCGUGCCCCUGACAUCGUCAACAGAGCCACCGUGUCCCCCUGGCCAGGAACAACACUGAAUCUUUUGAAAUUUCCAAUUAUUAAUCCUACGUGUGACAGAAUAUUCCGAAGGCAGCAGAGGCUGAAAGAGGAGGCAGCAAAAACAGAAGAUCAACUAAGCAGUGAAGAAAGAAAGUUCCUUAAUAACCUUAAAAAGCAAGGUUACUUAGUAGGAAGAGUUGGAAGAACAUUUCAACGUCAGAAGUCCAGUACUGUGGUUGAGUUUGACCCUGACGUGCUCUCCUACAGCAUAGAUGAAGAGCCCAGACAUACUCCUAAGAAACAUGAGGAAAAGGAGGAGUUCACAUACAACGAAUUGAAGGAUGCUCGCUGGUGUUUUGACACACCAGGGAUUAUAAAGGAAAGCUGUGUUUUAAAUCUCUUGACAGAGAAAGAGGUAAAGCUGGUUUUGCCAACACAUGGCAUCAUCCCACGGACCUUCAUUCUCAAGCCAGGAAUGACCUUAUUUUUAGCAGCCUUGGGACGUGUGGACUACUUAAAGGGAGAAAAGCCUGCUUGGUUUUCUGUUGUGGCUUCUAACCUGUUGCCAGUCCACAUUACUGCCCUGAGUAAUGCAGAUGCUGUUUAUGAGAAACACGCUGGCCAAGAGUUACUGAAGGUUCCCAUGGGUGGGGAAGAUCGAAUGAAAGAGUUUCCCCCACUUGUUCCUCAAGACAUUACACUGAAGGGAAUUGGUACUACUGAAGCAGUUGCAGAUAUCAAGCUUUCCUCUGCAGGCUGGGUGGCGGUGACAGCUCACGAAGAAGAGGAGCUGCUGCUGCGAGCCUAUACUCCCCAGGGCACCUCGCUGAUGGUGCGGGAGCCUCCCCUUCUGCCCUACAUCAGUGCCAUCAGAGGGGCUCGGAUCGCACGCAGUGCUGCCUACAGGACCAAAAAGCCUCCCUCCCUGGUGGAGAACCUGAAAACCGCUGAGAGGAGAUAGCACUUGCCAUCAUCUGAGCAAGGCAGGAGACAGAACAGCCUCCGGAGUACCUUGUUGCCUACUGAUACUCAAGAAAGCUUGGACCUUUUUUAAAGGCUGACAGGCACAGUUUUGAAAGAAGGCCUGGGGGAAACUCCACAAGUCCACACCUGAUCCAGCUUCUGAACUGAAGCCAUUUUCAAUAAGCUGAGUAGCUGGUACCUGACUGUGAGAGGUUAAACAGCUUCUCCCUGGCACCUCUGUGUACAAACAAAUCCUUUUACCUGAUACCUUUUGAAACACAGGAUGGAAGCUCACCUGCUUGCUCUGGGCUGGCUUUGGUGCUCUCAGGGUAUGUCUUCUCUUGAAGCCUUGCUUCUGCAGGUCAGAAAUCAUCACCUUGUUCUUGGAAGCUUUAUAGUUCCAGAGCUGAAAGAGGUAGAGGGAAUGAUGGGGAAGGAGGUCCAGUGUGUGUGACCCUGUUAGUGCCUGAUAGUAAUUCAACAAUAUAGACCAAGAUCAGAUACUUUCAGUCCUUCAACAUCUGAGAGAGAUGAGAGCAAUGCUUUGAACAUGGAAAGGUUAAUAAUGAAAAUCAGGUCCAUCCAGGUGCCUGAAGAGGAAACUUGCGCAGCUCAUUGCUCUGAUUUGGUUUUUGUAGCUUGUGUAAAGGUUUCUGAAACUGAAGGUGUAGAAUAAAACUUUCAAAGUAUACUUA